CGUAUCUGUCUCACUCCGCGUUCAUAUUUGCCCAACAUGUACAACGACGCAUUCGAAGAAGACGACUUGGUCGCUGAGGUUGAGCUUGUCGCUCAAGCACGCUACUCGCGUAAUGCUGAUCUCGAAGAUGGCUUUGAUGGUGAAGUUGCCACGAGCCAACAGCCUGCCACUGUUCAGAUCCCAGACGGUGUUCGCAACUUCAUCUCGUUCUUUUAUCGCAAUGUUCUUGAAAACAAUGUGUACGAAUUGCAUAAUGUUUACGACAGCUCGUUCAACAAGUUAACCGACAAGUAUUACACAAAACAGCCUUGGCCCGAGGCCGAGGUCAUUGCACCCCUCGUCAACAACGACGAGGUCUUUUUGACGUUGUACCGUGAACUUUACUAUCGCCACAUCUAUGCUCGCUUGACUCCUUCCUUGGAGCAUCGAUUCCGAUCCUACGAAAACUACUGCGACCUGUUUAACUACAUCUUGAAUUCGGAGCAACCGGUUGACCUCGAAUUGCCCAACCAGUGGCUGUGGGAUAUCAUUGACGAAUUUAUUUACCAAUUCCAAGCAUUCAGCAACUACCGCGACCGUCUCAAGAACAAAUCUGAAGAGGAGAUUGCUUUGCUUCGCGACAACCCCCAAAUCUGGAGCACAUACAGCGUUCUUAACGUCUUGUACUCGUUCAUCCAAAAGUCUCGCAUCAAAGAACAGCUCCUUGUCAGCAAAAAGGGUGGUGACAUGAUGGAAGCCGCUGGCGAAUAUGGUGCUCGGCCCUUGUACAAGAACCUUGGUUAUUUCUCUAUCAUUGGUUUGCUUCGUGUAAACUGUCUGAUGGGUGAUUUCAUGCUCGCUUUGAAGAUGAUGGAUAACGUCGUUUUGAACAAAAAGGCAUUGUUUGCUCGCGUAACAGCAUGCCAUGUCACUGCAUACUACUAUGUCGGUUUUGCCUACAUGAUGAUGCGUCGCUAUGCCGAUGCCAUCAAGGCGUUUUCCAACAUUCUCUCCUUCCUUCAACGCACCAAGCCUUAUCACAGCAGAUCUUAUCAAUCCGAUCAGCUUGCACGAAAGAGCGAUCAAAUGUAUGCUUUGUUGGCCAUGUGUAUUGCUCUGUGCCCUACUCGUCUCGAUGAGAACAUCCAUUCUCAAUUGCGUGAAAAGUAUGGCGAACAUAUUUCAAAAAUGCAGAAGGGUGAAGAAGGUAUCUCCAUCUUCGAAGACUUGUUCCAACAUGCUUGCCCCAAAUUCAUUUGUGCCUCUGGACGACUUGAUGGUACCCCACGUGUUGAUCCCCAUACUAUCUACCUGAAGACCUUUGUCACUGACAUCCGAAACCAGAUUAAGCUCCCUACCUUGCGAUCAUUUAUGAAGCUCUACACAACCAUGGGCAUUGACAAGCUGGCUAAAUUCUUAGAGAUGAAUCCCGAAGAACUGACGAUGCAAUUGUUGGUGUUCAAGCAAAAGUCUCGCCAGAUCAAAUGGGUCAGUGGUAAUUUGUUGGACGGCGAAUAUCUGCCUACGUCGGAUUUGGACUUCUGCCUGAAACAAGAUGUUGUACAUAUUGCUGAAAGCAAGGUUGGCCGUCGUUAUGCAGACUGGUUCUUGCGCAAUAUCAACCGUUGCGAAGAUAUCGUUGCCAGCUUGGAGCAGCGGGCAUAAAAAAAAGUUUUUCCCUAAUUUGAAUUGUUUUGUAAAGAGAAAAAAAAUAAAAUUCCUGCUCGCGUGUUAGCACCACAAAGUUGCUGUAUCUUUUGUGUCCUUCUGGUAAAACUGGCAAAUUGCGUAUAGUAAUGCUUUUCGAGUGAAGAAAGUUCAAAGCAUAUUUUCAAAUAAAAAACAAUUUCUAGACAAUUAACCUCAAGAGGGCACAGUAUUCG